UCUACAUAAAAGGGAUCGAUCCCUCCCUUUCCCACCUUUAUCUCAUUUUCCUAUCAUACCCAUCCUGCUCAUCAUUCGGACAUCCCACACUUCUCCUACGUGGAUAUUACUUUGUGAAAUCGUAUCAUAUCAUAUCAUAUCAAAUAUCAAGUUGAUCGACAUCAGCAACUACACUUUACCUUUCUCCAUCCCUAAAAUCAUCAACAUGGACAACGACAAGGCAAACAACCCUACACCGGCGAGUCCUUCUCGCCGAAGAGGCUCCGGACCAUCCUUCGAGGGCCUCAUGAGUCAGAAGCGAGCUAGCGAUCCCAGCUCCCUUGCUCGACGUGCUAGUCUACACGACCAGAAGCCCCAAGCAGGCUUCUUCGGACAGAUGUGGUACAACUUCACACGCGGCCCCCAAAGCCCUACGAAAUAAGAAUCGCCUACCAUGAAUUAGGUACCUGUUAUUAUGAUAGCAUAAGAAUUGAAAGACUGCCAGAGUGUAUUGAUGGGGAUAUAAAUCCCGACAGAACUAUACCACGCACACGCACGCACGCACGCAUUUGGCGAGACAUGGGAGAACUGAGAUUUCAGAUACCAAUCAUUGGUACAGGCUCAUCAGCCAAACUGUAGGAUAUGAAGAUAACUGCCUGCAAUGUUGAGACGGAUGGGAAAUAAGAUCACUGGCGUUCGCUUGGCGAUGUAUUAUUGUUAGGAAUAUGCACUUAGCAAUAUCACAAAACAGAAGUUUACAAGUA